GUUUUUGCAUGAUAAGAACAGCAGAGAAUUCCUUUACUACAGGAAGAAAGUGGCAGAAAUUAGGAAAGAAAAUCAAAAUUCCCAGGCAGCCUCUUCCCAAAAAGUUUCCCCCCCAGCCGACCAGGAGACGCGCAACUCGGCCGAGAAGCUGGCGCAGUUCGUGGCUGCAGGCGGGCCCGAGGUGGAGGCCAUUGCCCUGCAGAACAACAGGGAGAACCCUGCCUUCAGGUUCCUGUACGAGCCCCACAGCAAAGGGCACCGCUACUACCGCCAGAAGCUGGAGGAGUUCCGCAGGGCCCGGGCUGCCCCCGGGGGCUCCCCCUUUCCCGGGAAUCCCCAGGAAUGCGGCCUCAAACGGAAAAGCAGCCCCGAGGCCUCUCCCUCCCCCGUGUGCUUCCCCCCUCUGCCCGUUCCCGUCCCGCCGCCUCUGCCUCUCCCCGUUCCCCUUGUUCCCGCUGCUCUGCCCGUUCCUUCGGCCUCUCCUGCCCCCUCCUCAUCCUCCACCUCCCCUCCGGAUCAGCUGGCCCCCAGUCCAGCCCCGAUCCCAAACUCUGCCCCAGUCCCGAAUCCAGCCGUGAGCCCAAACCCAGCUGCAAUCCCAAAUCUUGCCACGACCCCAAAUCCAUCCGUGGCCCCAAGUCCUGCUCCGGGCAGCACCAAAAAGAAGAGGAAGAGCCGGUGGGGGCCGGAGGAGGAGAAGGUGGAAUUGCCCCUGCCCCAGCUGGUGCAGCAGCUGGACUCUCCCUCUCCCCUCUCAGUUCAAGACCUGAAGGGUCUGGGGUACGAGAAGGGCAAACCCGUGGGACUGGUGGGAGUCACGGAGCUCUCGGAGGCCCAGAAGAAGCAGCUGAAGGAGCAGCAGGAGAUGCAGCAGAUGUACGACAUGAUCAUGAAGCACAAGCGGGCGAUGCAGGAGAUGCAGCUGCUGUGGGAGCGGGCGCUGCAGCAGCACCAGCACGGCUACGACAGCGACGAGGAGGUGGACAGCGAGCUGGGCACGUGGGAGCACCGCCUGCGCCGCAUGGAGAUGGACAAGACCCGCGAACAACCCACGUCGACCUUACUACUGAGGAUGGCUUUUCCCAACAGAUUUCCUGGGAAUUCUGCAUUAUCCAUCUCUUUUCUCCUGAUGUUAUCUGGCUU